CCACUGCCACUCCUCUCUCACACACACACACACACACACACACACACACACACACACACUUAGAGGCAGGUGCGUGUGUGUUUGUGUGCAACAGCGCACAUUACCCAGCAGCAGGUCGGAUAAAUCCUGCAGCGUUUUGGAUUAUUUUUCUUAAUAGAUUUUUUAAAUAUAUAUAUUUAAAACACCACCAUUAUGUUGUGGACGGCGAGUCAAUUCGUCAGGAAAUUCUCCAGCACGUCCAAUUGCUACCAGAAUAAGCUUAAUCUUGCUAUAAUAGGACAGAGCCUGUUCGGACAGGAGGUGUACAUCAACCUGCGGAGGCAGGGUCACAAGGUGGUGGGCGUGUUCACGGUCCCCGACAAGGACGGCAAGGCCGACCCCCUGGCUGUGGCGGCGGAGAAGGACGGGACGCCGGUGUUCAAGUUCCCGCGGUGGCGGGUCAAGGGGAAGCCCAUCCCGGAGGUUGUGGAAGCUUACAAGGCGGUGGGCGCCGACCUCAACGUCAUGCCCUUCUGCUCCCAGUUCAUCCCCAUGAACGUCAUCGACGACCCCAAGCACGGCUCCAUCAUCUAUCACCCUUCCCUCCUGCCCCUGCACAGAGGAGCUUCGGCCAUCAACUGGACCCUGAUCCACGGCGAUAAGAAAGCUGGAUUCACAGUGUUCUGGGCUGACGAAGGGCUGGACACCGGACCCAUCCUGCUGCAGAGGGAGUGUGCUGUGGAGCCCAACGACACCGUGGACACCCUCUACAACCGCUUCCUCUUCUCAGAGGGCAUCAAGGCCAUGGUGGAGUCGGUUCAGCUCAUUGCUGACGGGAAAGCCCCUCGGAUUCCCCAAACAGAGGAAGGAGCGAGCUACGAGGGCAUUCAGAAGAAGUCCAACUCCAAGGUUAACCUGGCCCAACCGGCCGAGGCCAUCCACAACUGGAUCCGCGGACAUGACAAAGUCCCUGGUGCCUGGACCCUCAUAGAUGGUCAGUCUGUGACCCUGUACGGCUCGUCCAUGCUGGGCGGGUCUGUACCUGCCGGUCAGCCCCUGGAGAUUGAGGGGGCGUCCCAGUCCGGCCUGGUCACCCAGAACGGCCUUGUGCUGUACGGAAGCGAUGGGAAAGCCCUCCUGGUGAAGAACCUGCAGUUCGAAGAUGGGAAGAUGAUCCCUGCCUCUAAAUACUUUUCCUCUGGGGAAAGUGCCACGGUGGAGCUGACCGAUGACGAAAAUAAGAUGGCUGAGGAAAUCAAGAACAUCUGGAAGGGCAUCCUAAGCAAUGUCCCUGCCAUUGAGGACACCACAGACUUCUUCAAGUGCGGAGCCGCCUCCAUGGAUGUUGUUAGGCUGGUGGAGGAGGUGAAGCAGAAGUGUGCCGGCGUCCAGCUGCAGAACGAGGAUGUGUACAUGGCUUCAACCUUCAGGGACUUCAUCCAGAUGUUUGUCCGCAAGCUGCGAGGGGAGGACCAGGAGGAGGAGCUAGUCAUCGACUACGCAACAAAGGAAGUAAACAACAUGACAGUGAAGAUGCCAAACCAGUGUUUCAUCAACGGAAAGUUUGAGGAUGCAGAAAACGGCAAAGUCUACGAAACCAUCAACCCUACUGACGGAUCAGUGAUCUGCAAGGUGUCGUACGCCUCGGUAGGGGAUGUAGAUCGAGCUGUGGCGGCUGCCAAAGAUGCGUAUUACAGCGGGCCGUGGGGUAGGAUGAACCCAAGGGACAGAGGCAGCCUGCUCUACAAGCUGGCAGACCUGAUGGAGGAACACCAGGAGGAGCUGGCCACCAUUGAGUCCAUCGACUCAGGAGCUGUGUACACGCUGGCCCUCAAGACCCACGUGGGCAUGUCCAUCCAGACCUUCCGAUACUUUGCCGGCUGGUGCGACAAGAUCCAUGGCAAGACGAUCCCCAUCAACCAGGCCAGACCCAACCGUAAUCUGACCUUCACCAGGAGAGAGCCUCUGGGUGUGUGUGCCAUCAUCAUCCCGUGGAACUAUCCCCUCAUGAUGCUGGCGUGGAAGAGCGCCGCCUGCCUCGCUGCGGGGAACACGCUCGUCCUCAAACCCGCGCAGGUCACGCCGUUGACGGCGCUGAAGUUUGCUGAGCUGUCGGUGAAAGCAGGCAUUCCAAAAGGAGUCAUAAACAUUUUGCCAGGUUCAGGUGGUAUGGUGGGACAGCGUCUGUCCGACCACCCGGACAUCCGUAAGCUGGGCUUCACUGGCUCCACACCCAUUGGCAAACAGAUCAUGAAGAGCUGUGCGCUCAGCAACCUGAAGAAGGUUUCUCUGGAGCUGGGGGGGAAGUCGCCACUCAUCAUCUUCGGUGACUGCGACAUGGACAAGGCGGUUCGCAUGGGCAUGAGCUCUGUGUAUUUCAACAAAGGGGAGAACUGCAUCGCUGCUGGACGUCUGUUUGUGGAGGAGUCCGUUCACGAUGAGUUCAUCAGCCGAGUGGUGGAGGAGCUCAAAAAGAUGAAGAUUGGAGACCCGCUGGAUCGCUCCACAGAUCACGGCCCACAGAACCACAAAGCCCACCUGGACAAGCUGCUGGAGUACUGCGAGGUUGGACUGAAGGAGGGAGCGACACUAGUGUACGGAGGGAAGCAGGUGGAGAGGCCAGGUUUUUUCAUGGAGCCCACAGUGUUCACUAACGUGGAGGACCACAUGUUCAUCGCCAAGGAGGAGUCCUUCGGCCCAAUCAUGGUAGUGUCCAGAUUCAAAGAUGGCGACGUGGACGGCGUUCUUCAGAGAGCCAACGACACUGAGUACGGCCUGGCCUCCGGUGUGUUCACCCGAGACAUCAACAAGGCCAUGUACGUGAGCGAGCGGCUCGACGCCGGAACGGUAUUCGUCAACACCUACAACAAGACUGAUGUGGCUUCACCUUUUGGGGGCUUCAAACAGUCCGGCUUUGGCAAAGACCUCGGAGAGGAUGCUCUCUUGGAAUACCUCAAGACCAAAGCGGUGACUGUGGAGUACUGAGGCUCACACUCUCCCAACAAACUCUGACCCACAUCCAAACCAGGAGGGACUCGUAUGUCUGCUUCAGUCAGACAUCCAGCUUUACUCAGCAUCGCCCAUCUGUGUAGCUUAUACAUGGAACCCUAAUAGGAGCCGAGCUGGUUCUGACUCUUUUCAAGGUUUUGUUUCCAUAGGAGCUUUUUUUUACAUCAAAACAUAGUUGUCAUCCUGAAAAGUGUUUUCCUGUUGUUGUUAUUGUUAAUCAUUUCAAUCAGUUCAGUAAAAAAUUAGAAGAUGGUCAUGCAACACUGCCCAUGCUCUGCCUGAAGGACUAACGAUGAGAGGUUCAUGUGGUCAGCAAACCAAUCAUAAGUAGGUAAAGCUAUUGGUGGUUGAGAUUGAUCAUUGACAUGAUGGGAAAACGGGAUUUGGGUCAAAAGGCAAGAGUUACAUUUGAAUCUAGAUUAAAGCAGUUUGUAAGAAUAAUCUCAGCUCAAGGACCAUUUACAAGGGUUUUAACUAAAGUUUUUCAACAGCG